AUGGGAAAGGAAACUGUUCAACCUGACCAGAACCAUGUGUCUGGUCAGUCCAAUAAGUCAUUGUCGCGGCCAGCUCAUGCCCUCACCUGUCAACAGCUUGCAGAGGAGCUCAACGCAGAUCCUUUGAAUGGGUUGUCUGCUGAUGAUGCUAAGCGACGGCUCGAGGAGUUUGGCAAAAAUGACCUGGGAGAGGCUGAGGGUGUCCAGCCUCUCAAGAUUGUUAUGGCACAGAUCGCUAAUGCCAUGACCCUGGUCCUCAUCCUGGCGAUGGCCGUUAGUUUUGGAAUCAAGUCAUACAUCGAAGGGGGUGUCAUCACCUUCGUGAUCCUCCUGAACGUCGUCGUUGGCUUCUUCCAGGAGUACUCUGCCGAAAAGACGAUGGAUUCGUUGCGCUCUCUCUCGUCUCCUACCGCCAGCAUUGUACGCGAUGGCGAGUCUAUGGUUGUACCCUCUGGCGAGAUUGUUCCUGGCGACUUGGUCGAGAUCAAGACUGGUGAUACGAUACCCGCUGAUGUUAGACUGAUUGAGGCUGCCAACUUCGAGACCGACGAGGCUCUCCUUACAGGCGAAUCGCUCCCUGUCCGUAAGAACGAGUCAGAAACAUUUGAGGACAACACCGGGCCAGGUGACCGAAUCAAUGUCGCCUACAGCUCGUCCAAUGUGACAAAGGGCCGGGCGAAAGGCAUCGUCUUCGCCACUGGUGUGUAUACCGAGAUUGGCGCCAUUGCCUCGGCAUUGAACAAGAAAGACUCCAAAGUCCGCCCUGUCAAGCGCAAGCCCGAUGGUUCAGCUAAGCCUCACCGAUAUUUGGAAGCAUACACUCUUACGUUUACCGACGCUGUCGGCCGCUUUUUGGGUGUCAAUGUUGGCACCCCUCUGCAAAAAAAGCUGUCGAAACUUGCUAUUUUACUUUUUGGAAUUGCUAUUAUCUGUGCAAUUAUUGUUCUCGGAUCAAAUGACUUCGACUCGCGUCAGGAGGUCAUCAUCUAUGCGGUAGCUACUGGCCUAUCCAUGAUUCCUGCCAGUCUGGUUGUUGUCCUCACAAUUACUAUGGCUGCUGGCACCAAACGCAUGGUCAAGAGGAAUGUGAUUGUUCGAAAUCUCAAGUCACUCGAGGCUCUCGGGGCUGUGACAGACAUCUGUUCUGACAAAACGGGAACCCUCACGCAAGGCAAAAUGCUUGCCCGUGGUGCCUGGCUUCCCGGCUUCGGCACCUUGACUAUCGAGAGCUCUUCGCCGUUCGAUCCCUCAAUCGGCGAUAUCCGCUUGGACAACCGCCCUCCCGGCGAUCUCGAUUUUAAAAAGGGGGGCGACACCUGUGGACAGAUCUUGAAGGUCGAAGCACUCUUCCAGCGAAGCAGCAGUAAAAUGAAGGAUUUCCUGAACGUGGCUUCGUUGGCAAACCUGGCCACCAUCGUCGAAAAGGACGGCCAGUGGCAUGCUCGUGGAGACCCGACCGAGAUUGCCAUUCAGGUCUUUGCGUCCCGAUUCAACUGGAACCGUCUGCGGCUGAGUGGUGAAAAUGGCGAGUGGUCCGAAGUUGCUGAGCUCCCCUUCGAUUCAGACGUCAAACGUAUGUCUGUGAUUAUGAAGCACGCUUCAGAUGGGUACUUUGUCUACACUAAGGGAGCAGUUGAGCGCGUGAUUGAUACCUGCACGCAAUAUGCUCCCCACGACUCGGACGAGUUGGUCGAAAUGACUCAAGACUUCAAGGAGGAAAUUCUUCGCAAUAUGGCUGCCCUCGCCAGCAUGGGCUUGCGCGUACUUGCGUUGGCUAGCAAACCCUACACUUCCGGGAAACCUGUAAAAAAUGAAGAGAUGGAGCGCGCUUCGGUCGAGUCUAAUCUGAUAUUCCGCGGCCUGAUCGGUUUGUACGACCCGCCUCGACCCGAGUCCGCCGUUGCCGUGCGCCAAUGCCACGAGGCUGGUAUAUCUGUUCACAUGUUAACCGGCGACCACCCUGAGACCGCCAAGGCAAUUGCUAUCGAAGUUGGGAUUCUUCCCUCGAAGAUGGAUCUCAUAGCCCGCGACGUGGCUAGCGCUAUGGUCAUGACUGCUACGCAAUUCGAUGGCCUGAGCGAUGAGGAAGUCGACCAGCUGCCGGUGCUGCCGCUUGUCAUUGCCCGCUGUGCGCCGAGCACAAAAGUUCGCAUGAUUGAGGCUCUACACAGGAGGAAGAAGUUUUGCGCGAUGGUAACCGAAACUGGAGACGGCGUAAACGACUCGCCUUCGCUUCGACGUGCCGACGUGGGUAUAGCGAUGGGUCAGUCUGGCUCUGACGUCGCAAAAGACGCCUCCGAUAUUGUUCUGACGGACGACAACUUUGCGUCCAUCGUUUCUGCAAUUGAAGAAGGCCGUCGUAUUUUCGACAACAUCCAGAAGUUUGUUUUGCAUGUCCUGGCCGAGAAUAUUGCCCAAGCUGGCACACUACUCGUCGGCCUUGCAUUCAAGGACGCCCGUGGCCUCUCUGUCUUCCCGCUCGCCCCCGUGGAGAUUGUAUGGAUCAUCAUGGCAACCUCGGGUAUGCCCGACAUGGGCCUGGGCUUCGAGCGUGCUGUGCCCGACAUUAUGCGCCGCCCGCCCCAGUCUCUCAAGACAGGGAUUUUCACGGCUGAAUUCCUCAUCGACAUGGUCGUCUAUGGCCUCUGGAUUGCUGCCCUGUGCCUUGGUAGCUUCACCUUGGUUGUAUAUGGUUUUGGCACUGGUGACCUAGGAUCCGGUUGUAAUGAAAGUUACAGCGAGAGCUGUGACCUAGUAUUCCACGCUCGCGCGACGACAUUUGCGUGCCUCACCUGGUUUGCUUUAUUUUUGGCCUGGGAAAUGAUCGACAUGCGCCGUUCCUUUUUCCGCAUGCAGCCGGGCUCCAACAAGUAUUUCACCCAGUGGAUCCACGACAUCUGGCGAAAUCAAUUCUUGUUCUGGGCUAUCAUGGUUGGCUUCGUCACCUUAUUCCCUCUCCUCUACAUUCCCGUUAUCAACACCGUUGUUUUCAAACAUAAAGGCAUCACUUGGGAGUGGGGCAUUGUUUUUAUUGCCGCUGGUUUGUUCUUCUGUGGGGUUGAAACCUGGAAGUUUGGGAAAAGAAUUUUCUUCCGUCGUCAGUCACGGAAGCGCUUGGGUGUCGCCUUCAAGGAUAUGGACGUUGAAGAACGCGUCUUCGGCGAAUUUCUCAAAGGGGUCACCGAGCAGACCGAGCAGGACCGCUGA